UGAUUGGCUUUCGCCACGAGAGAGAGAGAGAAGCAAAGAUUCCACCUGGUUGGGUCGUGGAGAGAGAGAAACAUACAGAGAGGGAGGGAGAGAGAGAGAGAUUUUACGAUUUGAAGAAUAGCUGUGUUCUUCUCCAUAGUUGCUCAUCACGGUGGAGGAGAGAGAGACAGAUGCGAAUUUGAAUUUCUGAAUCUGUUAAUUUUUUUUUUCUUUUGGGUUCCUCUCUCUUUCUCUCUCCACAUGAAGCUGUGGUGAAGUUUUUUUCUUGGAGAUUUAGGGUUUCGAGUUCCUGUUGGUGGUGUUUGGUGGCGAAGCGAAGAUGAACGUGAUGCGUCGUCUCAAGAGCAUUGCUUCGGGUCGGACCUCGAUUUCUUCGGAUCCUGGUGGGGACUAUGGGCUGAAGAGAGCUAAGCUGGAUCAAGACAACGAAAACUUGUGUGGUGAUCCUAUGCAGGUUGACCAUAAUAGUGCUUGUUUUGAGAUGAAAAUUGCAGACAUGGUGUCACAAGAAAGUGUUGCCGGAACCUCAAAUGUGCCUGCUGUGACAGAAAAGUCCGUCGAUGAUCAGCUUCCUGAAGUAAUGAUCGAAAUGAGAAUUAGAGACGAGCGCAAUGCCAAUCGCGAGGAGAAGGAUAUGGAAACAACUAUUGUCAACGGCAGCGGGACCGAAACGGGACAAGUCAUUACAACCACAGUCGGUGGUAGAGAUGGAAAGCCAAAGCAGACAAUCUCAUACAUGGCCCAGAGAGUGGUUGGAACAGGCUCAUUCGGAGUUGUGUUCCAGGCCAAGUGCCUGGAAACGGGUGAACAAGUUGCAAUUAAGAAGGUUCUGCAGGAUAAAAGAUACAAGAACAGAGAACUUCAGAUAAUGCGCUUGCAGGACCAUCCCAAUGUUGUGCGACUGAGGCAUUCUUUCUUUUCAACAACUGACAAGGAUGAGCUGUAUCUCAACCUUGUCCUUGAGUAUGUUCCCGAAACUGUAUACAGAGCAUCAAAGCACUAUACCAAAAUGAAUCAGCAUAUGCCAAUUAUCUUUGUUCAGCUCUACACGUAUCAGAUCUGCCGUGCGCUGAACUACUUACAUCGUGUGGUUGGGGUGUGCCAUCGUGACAUCAAGCCACAAAAUCUACUGGUCAAUCCCCAAACCCAUCAAUUAAAAAUAUGCGAUUUUGGAAGCGCAAAGAUGUUGGUGCCAGGUGAACCUAACAUAUCCUAUAUAUGCUCCCGGUACUACAGGGCCCCAGAACUUAUAUUCGGGGCAACAGAGUAUACCAAUGCCAUUGACAUGUGGUCUGGUGGUUGUGUUAUGGCAGAACUUUUACUCGGCCAACCACUUUUUCCCGGUGAAAGUGGAAUUGAUCAGCUGGUGGAGAUUAUCAAGAUUCUUGGGACGCCUACAAGAGAAGAAAUACGGUGUAUGAAUCCCAACUACACAGAGUUCAAGUUUCCGCAAAUCAAAGCUCACCCGUGGCACAAGAUUUUCCACAAGCGAAUGCCACCUGAAGCGGUAGACCUCGUCUCAAGACUCCUCCAGUAUUCACCAAACCUUCGUUGCACUGCAUUGGAAGCUUGUGCACACCCCUUCUUCGAUGACUUAAGGGAUCCGAAUGUUUCACUGCCAAAUGGAAGACCACUGCCUCCAUUGUUUAACUUCACUGCCCAAGAACUUGCGGGUGCAUCAACGGAGCUGCGACAGCGUCUAAUUCCAGCGCAUUGCCAGGGAACGGGAAGUAGCUCUUAGGAUCAUUCAUAGUGUUUCCAAAUUCAGCUUCCCUUCUCUCUCUCUCUCAUUAUUUACUGCAGUGUGUACAUCAAUUUUGAACCACUUGUGCUUCUAAGCUUUGCCCUCAGAGGAGAAUAUGGAAAUCUGAACCCCGGGACUCGAGGAGAUGUGAAGUAACUGAGCGUCGGUUCAUGGAGCUUCUUUCUUCUGACUGGCUUUUCUCUCAAUUUGCUCCCUUUUUUUCCCACCUUCACUUUCAUUUUUUUUAUUCACAUAUCUGACCCCCUUAAAAUGUUUGAUGUAUCAUUUUUUUUUUUUUUUUUAUGUUUGUAAUCAAUCCAUCAAGAUGAUGUCCCUUGCCCUAAUAUCGCAAGCUUGUUUUCAAAUAAGAUUCAGUUUUCUGUUCCAA